AUGGUUAUCUUUGCAGAUGCCCUCUUCAGAUGCCUCAAAGGUACUGUGCCCAGUGACAGAGCAUCACAGGUACUGCGUUCAGCCACUAGAAGCACCAGAGCUUCCCAUCCCUGUGUACUUGAACUAGGGAAUCCAGAGGAAACACGCCGCUUGAUUCGCUUUCGAGCUGAGAAUGAGCAGCGAUUUCUGAAAUCCAAAGCUGCUGCUAAAAAGCUUUGGGAGACGCUGAUCAAGGAGCUUGGCCUGGAGGGAAAGGUGACCUCCCAGCAAGCAUCAAAAAAGUGGGAGAACUUGAAAAAGAAGUAUAAGGAGCUGAAAAAUCCACUCUCUGGGAGUGGGACAGAUGAGGGCCAAACAACUACGUGCACAUGGCAGUUUUUUGAGGACAUGCACGAGGUGUUGGGAUCCAGGCCAUCCAUUGACCCUCCAGUGGUAGUGGAAUCAUUUUGUCCUGAUGCUGAUCCCACACUUCUUCUGAUGGAAAUCGCCGGGCCCUCCUCAGACACCUUUUUUCCCAUGGCAGCCAGCACCUCUGAUGCUGACACAUCAUCUACCUCUAGCCCUGCUCCUAUUCCCCCAACCCCGUCCCCAAAGAAGAAGAGGAAGUUAGACUUGAUAAAUUUCCUUGCACAGGAGAGUGAGAAGGUGCAGAAGCGCCAUGAGGAGACCGAGGAGAAGACGGAGCGCUUUUUGGGUCUUUUUGAAAAAUUGGUAGAAAAACUUUUUCAUUUUGUCUUCUUGUUAAAUCAAGUCAACUUUCUUAUAUUUGAGACAUGUAAAGUUUGUCUUUACCUGACAUGUUUGGACUGUGUAGUUUCCGUCUUCCUCGGAGGGUCACACUGGUGUUGGCGUGUGACAUGCUUUAAUCAGCACGUCACACCCCAACACCAGUGUGUCCCUCUGAAGAAGACGGAAGCUACACCGUACAAACAUGUCAGGUAA